ACGUACACGUGGACAUACAAAAUCAGGAAACAUGAUUCCAUCAUCUUCUAUCCAUAAAAAUGGAUUAGAUUUCUUAUCCUCUCUCUUCUCUCAAACUUCAGAGGUUUCAAUGGGCUUUCACUCCUUUCUCUAACCCCUCCAUUUUACCCACUAUGGAUACUCUCUUUGUUAAUCGAUGUCUAUCUCGCCUGAAACUCUCUCCCAAUCUCACUGUCCCUUCUUCAUCACCGUCUUUCUUUUCCCAUCAAUUUCUCAAAACACAACCGCUCAAGCCAAGCUUCACUCUUUUCGCCAUCCAAAACCAAGAAACCCAAAACCCGCUGCAACCCAGCACCCAAGAUGACGAAUCAUACGGAGAAGUCAGCAAAAUCAUUGGCAGCAAAGCCCUCGAAGACGGCACUGGCAUGGAAUACUUAAUUGAAUGGAAGGAUGGCCACACCCCUUCAUGGGUCCCGUCCAAUUACAUUGCUAAAGACGUUAUAGCCGAAUACGAAUCCCCAUGGUGGACCGCUGCUAAAAAAGCCGAUCACGCCGCUCUCUCCGAACUCCUCUCUGCCGAUGACGACCGCGACGUUGAUGCCGUUGACAGUUAUGGCCGAACGGCGUUACUCUUCGUGUCUGGACUCGGCUCUGAGCCUUGUGUUAAGUUACUAGCUGAAGCUGGAGCUGAUUUGAACCACCGCGAUAACAGCGGUGGCUUAACGGCGCUUCACAUGGCGGCUGGUUAUGUGCAACCGGGAAUCGUAAAGUUGUUAAUCGAGCUAGGUGCGGAUCCCGAAGUAGAAGAUGACAAAGGCUUAACACCCUUAGCUUUAGCUAAGCAAAUUUUAAAUGUGACCCCAAAGGGGAACCCGGCGCAAUUUGCGAGAAGACUCGGGUUAGAAAAUGUAAUUAGGGUAAUAAAUGAGGAAAUAUUCGAGUACGCAGAGGUACAGGAAUUGUUAGAGAAAAGGGGGAAGGGUGAUAAGGUAGAGUAUUUGGUGAAAUGGAAGGACGGCAGUGAUAAUGAGUGGGUCAAAGCUGGGGUGAUCGGUGAGGAUUUGAUCAGAGAUUUUGAGGCAGGAUUAGAGUAUGCUGUAGCAGAGGGAGUGAUGGGUAAAAGAGUUCGUGAGGAUGGCAAAAAUGAGUAUCUUGUUAAGUGGACAGAUAUUGAUGAAGCCACUUGGGAGCCUGAAGAAAAUGUUGAUCCUGAUUUGAUCAAGGAAUUUGAAGAUGGUCAGGUUAAUAAUAAUAAUAAUAAUACUAAUGGAGUUGGAAAUCAUCUGCAGGUCCAUUUAGGUAAUGAUGGUGUUGGUGACCAAUUGGAGACCCAAUUGAGUGAAAAUGGGAAUGACAACUCUUGAUGUAAUUUUGUGAUUGACAAAUUUCAUAUUUGUUUUUAGGCAGAACAAUGGUUUAUGGUUUUCUUUUUCUUUUAGUUUAUUUUAGCACAUUUAUAGUUGAGCCAUGAUCCCUUCUUUAUAAUUAUUAAUAUUUCUUCUCAGAAAAA